AUGAGCUCGAGCAGCCUUGCAUCGGCUUCCGUCGACGAGCUCAAGUCCAAGCUUAAUCAGCUUCGAGCCGACAAGGCCCUCUUGUCCUCCCAACUCUCCUCCCUCCGAGCGCUUCCGCUUGACACACGCGGCACACGCAGCACACUCGCCAUCGAAAACCAAGAGCUCGCGCAUCAGCUACGCUCGCUCGAAGAAAAAUCAAUUCUCUACCGCACUGCAGCUUGGACAUGCUUCGAGCUUGACCUGGAUGUAGGUCGUCGUGCACGUCAAGCAAGAGACAUUGUUUCUGCCGACAAGGAUGGCGACCUCGCUCUCGGUAUCCGACUCGAUACGUUCUGGAGGGGUCGCUUCUAUGAGCCGUACUACCUUGUCUUUUCGCGGCCCAGUCAGUCGCUCGAUUCCAUGGCGCAGCUCGCCGGUACCGCUGUGGGCGAUGUCGAGCCGAAUUCACUAGCAGAUGGGCUCAGGCUCAUCAGGCAUACCGUGCCGCAUUCGGUACCGCUGGCAAACCUCGUGGAAAAGUAUCUACCGAGUGUCGCAGGCGGACAAGUGUCCGGUGGAGCAGCCAGCAAAGCCAGAGACAACGAGGCGGGUGGCUUGACCAUGCUCACCCAGUUCAACGACUUGCCUGGCGUGAAUGCUUUCCUUUCAGACCUCCACUGCCACUUGCAAGCCUAUGUCUCCAGGAGGCAACAAGCAAUGGCCUUGCAGCAGCUCGAGCUUCCCACCACCGACCAAGACACGCACGCCGCCUUGGAAGCGCUCGGUACAGAAGCGUUCGAUCUCGUCAAGGUCACCUGGCGCAUCCCUUGCUCUUCCACUCGUACCGAUUCAGAUCCAGAGGACGCCAACGACGAGCCUACCGAUCGCGACCCCACCGUGCUUGCGCUCAAAGCCGCCGCGACCCGAAAACGAAAGAUCCCGGACGACCAACCAACACAGUACCUCGAACUCGUCGUCCAAUACGACGACCUUCAGAGCGACCGCCUGGUCGACGACACGCGCCCCACCGGUAUCACUGCUCAGCCUGCUUCCUCGUCCUCGUCCUCGUCCUCGUCCUCGUCCUCCUCCCAAGAUGUGAUCGACGAACAAGGAGCCAUCCACGGUCUGCGCAAGGCGUACGGUCAAGUGCGCGUGCAGCUGCUCGAGUACGCGCCCGAGCUCGAAACACGUCAACGUCGAGCGCCCGGUAUCUCGCAAGCUGAGCUGAAAGCGCUCCGGCCCAACAUCACGCGCAGACAAGAUCUGGAGCACAUGUACGCACAGGAGCACGAUGGCGAAUCGCUCGACAUGGACCAAGCUUUCCAGCGCAUUGCGCAGAAAGUGUGGACGCAGUUGAACGCCAGGCAUGGGGUGCGUUGA